AUGUGGUAUGUAACUUAUCAAACAUAAUAUCUAGAUUGAUGAUACCAUUAUUCAUCCUAUAACAGAAAAAUAUAGAUCUCUUGGAAUAAAGGUUAAUCAAAAGGGAACAUUGAAAGCCCACUAUCAAUUACUUAAGAAUAAAAUCAAUUUUAUUAAAUCUAAACUCAUGUGUUUAACAAAGAAUAUGAGUAUCAAAUAAAGGAUGGCAAUGUAAUAUUUUUAGAUUGAACCACAUUGCUCUACUGUUCAGUUAGUUAGUCCUUUGCAAAAAAAAGGAAUACUCAAAAAAAUUAUUUUGAAGAGAAAUAAAUUUUCAAAUAAUUUACUAGAUUACCAUUAAACCCUCCUGACAAAGCUUUAGAACUAAUGCUUUUAGAAAAUCCCUUAGUUGUAAAGAAUAACAUAGCUGAAACCAUCAUUCAAUAGUAGGCAAUUAAUAUCAAACAAUACAAUCUAUGUUAAAAAUCCCAAAAAUAUGAAAUUCACCUAAUAACCUCUACCUAUUAAUCAAACUGGCAUGGAAAUGAUGCCAAAAUCAUAAUAAACGACUGUAAUACAAGCACAUACUAAAGGAUCAUUCGCUCCUUACUUCAGAUGA